AUGACUCUAACUAGCACUAGCGCUGGUCAACUAUACUUAUUGACCAUUGUUUUAUUAUUUUUAUUUGUACCUAAAAUUUCUUCUUCAAGUGAAAAUAAGCAGUUUCUUAUAAAUAGUAGGCUAGAAGUAAACGUACAGUCCUUAUUGUCAGAAAUAUGUGGCACAAAUUCAUCUUUGUUAAGCAUCGGCAUAAAAUCGCUCAGCAAUGAGAAUAGCGACCGUACGGUUGAAAAUCUAUGUGGCAACGACAUUUCCGAGGUGUUAUUAUGGAUCCCCGUCGGAAAUUUCGGAAAUCUUGCUGAGAUCGGAUCUUCUAAGCAUUAUCUAGGUAAAGGUGCUGGAGAUGUAGACUUUGCUGACUACUGCAGGUAUGACGCAACAACGAAGUUAUGUAGUACCUCUAGCGGUGUUGUAGAAGGGUCAAUCUUGUUGUUAGCCGAAAAGUUUCCUGAGCGGUAUGAGUUGCGUGAUAUGGUUUAUAAAAAAUGGACAAACUCUACCCACCUUGGAUCACCUAUACUUGCAUACGCAACGUUAAAAAAUCGUGAACCGACUUAUAGGUACGUCGAUCAGGAUAUUUCGUAUUUGGCCGACACGCGAAUCGAAUACACGUUACCGGCAACAGUAAAUCAUGGGCUUCCCUUGUCAGUUUUCCGCGGCAAAUUGGAAGCUUACAAACUGAUUGCUGGAGAAACUUAUUAUAACCGGAACUUUAAGACUAUUAACGGUAUUCGAUAUAUGAGUCCUUAUUCAACAAUAAAUAUUACCGUAAUUGGAUCUGAAAGCCGAGAUUACCGAGAAUUUCGCGCUAAAUUGAUCACUGUAUACACUGACGAGGAAGGCUACGGCUGGUCAAAAUCUCUUUCAUCGAUUGAAGCUGCGGUGGUUGAAACCAAACUAAUCGAAACUCACGUAGAAUAUGCACUAGCCGUAAAAAUAUUCGAACAACCAACAUCACAAUCAGCGCUCCCUGGUAGUAAUGUGAAGAAUGCCAUUGCGGACAAAGAACCGGUAUUUUCAAAAGGAAUUGUUGCAAAACCGGAAAACAUCCAUAUUCAUAUUAGUGAGCUAGACAUUGGUCAAGCGUAUCCUGGAUUCCGCAACGUGGCUAUCGGUGCCGCAGUGCUUUUCUUUUCUGUUCUUGGAAUUGCACUUAUUGAUAUAAUUAGGCGCGUUAUCGCCAACCGUCGAGCUAAACGAUUACACAUUGGAAAGUAUACUCGAACGUAA